AUGCACGACUAUCAGUACAACCUGGAGGUGGUUAGCGUCGUCCCGGCGGAAGCGCUUACCGAUACCGGGGACGAGCGUCGACACAAGCUCGUACUUCACUGCACCCGGCGCGAUGCGAUAAUUCGCUGCACUGCUGCACCGUCUACGUUCGAGGUGCGCAAUGGACCGAGCCUCGAGCUAGUUUCGAUCUCGCUUGUGGCGGUCGAUCGCGCAGGCGGUAGCGAGCAUGUUGAGGCGAGCUCGUCGGACCCUCUUCUCAUUGGCGGUCCACAUCGCACGGUUGGCGCAGUAUGGGUGCCUUUAAGGUCCGCAUCCGCUGUGGAUUCCGCCGCCAAGGCAGCGGAUCCUGUCAGUCGCGUCUUUGUGGCCUGGUCGGUGACACGAAUGGAUGGCGCUUCAGUAGGAAAGGGUGAUCUCGAACUGUCGCCAGCGAAGAUGCCGCUUUUGACUCCAGGCCCGACUGUCUCGCCCCUCAUGGCAUCGCCCUUCGUGCUAUCUGCUGGGGUAGACUCCCCGUCACCAAAUCACUUCAGCUCAACACAUCGGGGUGUAACUGCGGAGCUUGAGAACGCCCAGGCAGAUUCACUGAAGGCCGCCACCGCAGCCACGGUCACAACGGCGACCACCACCAAUACGUUCCCCGUCACCGGUGGUGCUGGAGCCGGCUCGUUGCUUUCCUGCGCUGUCGUUGAAUCGCCUGUGCCACUGCUGCACGGCAUCAUCUGCAGCGAGGAGGUUUUGUGGCCUUUUACCGCCUGCGAGGCGGGCUCGGCACAAGGGAGUAGAUUGACCGACAGCACCAACGGACCUCUCUCAGACCAAGGCAGUGCUGUCUCUCUCUUCAUCUCUCGGCUUAUUUUGGGGAGCAGCGUCACGAAUCCGGAGAUCAGCGCAGGGGCUCAAACAGCGCGCGUCUCCAUUGUACACGACGAGGGACAGGAAGCAGGGCAACAAGACAUCGAGAACGACCGCUGCGGUGCCAGCUGUGCGCCAAGCAAGCAAGCUAGGGGUCUCACAGCACCGGGGCAAGAUCUACUGCAUCGCCCUUCAGCUGCUGACGUGGAGGGCCAGGGCGGUGCCCCCUCCGCGAGUGCGCUCGGCGAAUCUGCGGAGCAGCAGGCUAGUGGCUGCCAAGAUGUGGUGCUAGAGCAGUUUCCAUUCUGCAGUGUGUCACUCACAUCAAAGGGCACGAUUUCUACUUCAUCACCGCACUCGCCGACAUGCACGCCGGCAGCCGAAUCAAGCUUAAACACCGCGCAUGCGGAAGGGGGUGCUGACGUCACCGGCGCCUCCGUUGGGCACGCUGGUUCUCUGCAGCUCGACCCAACACUUGCCGCAACCGACGCGCGAACCACCACGUGGGUGGACUACUAUGCAUCCAGCACGCAGGCGAUGGGUGCUGUUCCUCUCCAGACUCGACUCCAGAAUUUGUACACGGUGCCGUCACCGCAGCUAUUGGAUCGCUUGAAGGAUGAGUUGGGACCUCCGUCUUUGUCUGCUGCGUCGCCGACGGCAGAGCCGGCACCAAUCACCUAUCACGGACUGUGGUAUGAGCGGAAUCGACAUAUCAACUUCUCUCGGUGUCUUGGAAGCAGCGGGUCUGCGCAGGAGGAGAUCCGGCGCGAGCAAGAGGCGAAGCGGAGCGGCGCCGCGCUCCUUGCUGGCGUGCAGAUCGAUGACAAAGACAGCAGCGCGAGCUCGUUGGCUUCGCCGAUGGUUCGGGUGAGGGGACACUACACGGAGGUGCGCACCGUAUCUGCUUUAGCGCUGCUGCGACGACAGGCACUUGACGGACUGCAGCGACGACGCAUCAGGUCGUGA